AAUUAUUACCAUUAUUUUUAGUUCAAACUUCAAGCUUCAAAUCUUGGUACCUUUUUGGUCUACACUCUCAUUACACUCACUCCUCCACUCACUACAAAAAAUCAUCACUUCAACUUCAACAUUCUCUCUCUUUGAAUGCUGCUACUGAAACUAUGAAAAUCACCAUUCUAGCUUCUUCAUUCUUUGUGAUCUUUGCAACAUUUUUCAACCCUUCUUCUCUUGCUCUCACUCAAGAUGGUCAAACAUUGUUGGAGAUUAAAAGUACUUGGAAUGAUACUAAGAAUGUUCUUAGCAACUGGCAAGAUUUUGAUGAGUCUCCUUGUGCUUGGACUGGAAUCUCAUGUCAUCCUGAUGAUGAACAAAGAGUUCGUUCAAUAAACUUACCGUAUAUGCAGCUUGAAGGGAUCAUAUCUCCCAGUAUUGGUAAACUUAGUAGAUUGCAGAGAUUAGCACUUCAUCAGAAUGGUUUACAUGGAAUCAUUCCUACUGAAAUUACCAAUUGUACUGAGCUUAGAGCCUUGUACUUGAGGGCUAAUUAUUUCCAAGGAGGCUUACCAUCAGGCAUUGGAAAUCUUUCAUUUUUGAAUAUAAUGGAUGUUUCAAGCAAUUCAUUGAAAGGAGCUAUACCUUCCUCGAUCGGCCGUCUCUCACAUUUGCAAGUUUUGAACCUGUCCACCAAUUUCUUUUCUGGUGAAAUCCCCGACAUUGGAGUACUAAGCACGUUCCAGAAGAACUCGUUUAUUGGAAAUUUAGAUCUUUGCGGAAGGCAAAUCCAAAAGCCAUGUCGAACAUCACUUGGUUUCCCUGUCGUGAUACCACAUGAUGCUGUAAGCGAUGAAGCUUCAGUCCCUACGAAAAGAUCUUCUUCACAUUACUUAAAGGCUGUGCUAAUCGGGGCAGUGGCAACCUUGGGCCUUGCACUUAUCAUAGCCCUUUCAUUACUUUGGAUUCGUUCAUCGUCGAAGAAGGAAAGAGCUGUUAGGAAAUACACAGAAGUCAAGAAGCAAGUUGAUCCAACAGCAAGUGCUAAACUAAUUACGUUCCAUGGUGAUAUGCCAUACACAUCAUCUGAAAUUAUAGAAAAGCUGGAGUCUCUCGACGAAGAGGAUAUAGUAGGGUCAGGAGGAUUUGGUACUGUUUACCGAAUGGUGAUGAAUGACUGUGGCACAUUUGCUGUUAAGAGAAUUGACCGAAGCCGUGAAGGGUCUGAUCAAGUGUUUGAAAGGGAACUCGAGAUCUUAGGGAGCAUCAAACACAUAAAUUUAGUAAACCUUCGCGGUUACUGCAGACUCCCUUCUUCAAGGCUCCUUAUCUAUGAUUAUCUGGCCUUAGGCAGCUUAGAUGAUCUCUUGCAUGAAAAUGUUGAACGACAACCCUUGAACUGGAAUGAUCGUCUAAAGAUAACCCUUGGUUCUGCUCGGGGUUUGGCAUACUUGCACCAUGAAUGCUCCCCAAAAAUUGUGCACCGUGACAUAAAAUCUAGCAACAUCCUUCUUAAUGAAAACAUGGAGCCUCACAUCUCUGAUUUCGGUCUUGCAAAGCUCUUAGUCGAUGAAGAUGCGCAUGUUACCACAGUGGUUGCUGGCACAUUUGGCUACUUGGCACCAGAGUAUCUUCAAAGUGGGAGAGCAACUGAGAAGUCAGAUGUAUAUAGCUUCGGAGUUCUAUUACUCGAACUUGUAACCGGAAAGAGGCCUACGGAUCCUUCCUUUGUAAAGAGAGGCUUAAAUGUUGUUGGUUGGAUGAAUACGUUAUUGAAAGAAAACAGAUUGGAAGACGUGGUAGACAGAAGAUGCACUGAUGCAGAUGCUGAGACUCUUGAAGUAAUUUUGGAGCUAGCAGCAAGAUGCACCGAUUCAAAUGCUGAUGACCGUCCUUCGAUGAACCAAGUAUUGCAGUUGCUGGAGCAAGAGGUUAUGACCCCUUGUCCAAGCGAGUUUUACGAGUCUCAUUCGGAUCACUGAUAACGUUGAUUUAUCAAGAGCUUUUUUCCUGGUGUUUCUUCCCCCUAAUCAUGGUUUGUAGAAAAGUUUUGUGCCAAAUGUAUAACAAGUAUCAACCAUUUGUGAAUAGAUUUGUCAUUUUUCUCGUUGUCACCUUCUGCUGAUGCUUGUGGUGCCAAAAGAAGGGACAAAGGGGACUUGACUGUAGUUUUUGUAUUUGGAAUGUUAUCCAUUCUUGGCAUCUUGCUAUAGGAAGGAAAUGUCAUCAUUUUCUGAUUCACAUUUCAUUAUGUUUUUUCUGUCUCUAGUUUAUUUUUAUUGGUUACAACACCAGAAACAAUUUUUGUGAAGCAUUAUGAUCAAAAUACUGAUUGUGAAGAA